CAGUUGGUUACGCAGCGUUUGCUCAGAGGUCUUUGCAGCAAACAGUAAAGAAGUUUGUCAUUUGGGAGGAGGAGGUGCUGGGGGGCUGACAUGGAGCCUUCUGCUCUUUGAAAACCACGUGCAGACCUGAUUUGAACUUUUUUUUUGUAACUUUUUGGGAUAUUUGUGUCUUUCAGUCAUGGGCCUCGGUGUCUAUGUUGGGACCCUCCUGUUCUGGUUCCACUGGACCGGUGCUGUUUGGGCCGAGGACAUCCGUGUUUGUGCCGCAGACAACUGCACCGACUACCGCCUCCAGUUCGAGAGGGUCUUCACGGUGCCGGGAGACGUGGGCAUGCUCAACUGCACCCUGGUGUCUCCCGACGUCUUCGACUUCACCGCCACGCCGUACGACGUCAGCUGGUACCGCCUGGAGGCGCGGCGGCCGCUCAGCAACGUCAGCGGUCGGGUCGUGGUGCUGGGAGAGACCCUGUGGCUUCUCAACGUCACGCUGGAGGACGACGGACAAUACCAGUGUGUGGUCAGAACCUCGUCCGGCUGCUACAAGCAGUCCACUAAGAUGGUGGUGGAGCGUCCAGCGGACGGAGAAUGCGGGAGGCCUCGCAAAGCCGCUCAGGUCCUCACCAUCGGCGUGACGGACACCCUGUCCUGUCCACUCACGGACGUCAUCGAAAAGCUGGACAGCUACCGCGUCCCUUCCUCCGUCAGCUGGUACAAAGGCUGCGAGCUCAUAGAGGACGGCUCCGAGGGACACGUCUACCGCAGCAAGGCCAGACUGAAGAUCCAGGACGUGGACCCCCAAAACAACGACACCUACACCUGCACUCUGACCUUUACCCUCGGCGGCGUGACAGCGUCCGUGUCGGAGACCAUCGAGGCCUGGGUCCAAGAGGAUUACUGCUUCCUGCCACAGGUCUUGAAACCAGCCAAUGAAAUCUUCAAGGCACCCGUGGGCUCCAGGUUGACGCGGGCGUGUCAGGUAUUUGUUCCGUGCAUCGGGAAGCUUCCAGAAGAUCCCAUGGUGGACAUCUUCUGGUUGGCCGACGAUACGUUUGUCUUCAGCACCAACGUCUCCGACCGCGUCUCCACGUCACAACAGCGCGUGUGGACAGAAAGCGGUCCCAGUAAAGGCGUCUGGCUGGAGCGACUGCUCACCAUUGGUCACCUGAAGGAGGAAGACUUCCUCAUUAACUACACCUGUCGAGCGUACAGUGGGCGGGGCCUCCCUGAGGGUCACUUUGCUGUGUUGCCGCAAGAGCCGUCCCCCAUUGUCCCCAUCAGCUGUGCUCUCAGCGGCGUCACGGCGCUCGUCAUCGCUACGGCUGUCGUCUACUUCCUCUUCAAGAUUGACAUCGUGUUGUGCUUCCGGAUGUUCUUUCCUGUCCUGUAUGCAAAUGAGGAUUGUGACGGGAAGCUGUUCGAUGCCUACGUCACGUACCCACUGAACUGCGAGGAGGACUUCAGCGACGAGGCGUGCACGUUUGCCCUUCACAUCCUUCCUCAAGUGCUGGAAAAAGCUUGCGGUUACAAACUCUUCAUCGCGGGCCGCGACUCCCUGCCCGGGCAGGCCAUGGUGGACUCGGUGCAGGACAACAUGCUAGCCAGCCGCCGCCUCCUGCUGCUCUACAGCGCCUCCUCCUUCAUGUGCAGCAACAACAACAACAAUAACAACAUCAGCGUCUGCUCGGACCCUCGACGUCAGCACGAGUGUGUGACGGCAAUGCACAGAGCGCUGCUGGAGGGAACGCUCAAGGUGGUUCUGGUGGAGCUGGAAGAGGUAAGCCCGGCCCAGCUGGCUGUCUUCCCAGAGUCGCUGCGUCACCUGAGGAGGAAGCAGGGCGCCGUGUGCUGGUGGAAGAACCAGAGGACCAGGAGGAAGUCCUCCUUCAGGACAUGUGUGACCACACAAGACAAAGAGGACAUGUCACCCUUGCUGUCCCCUUCCUCCAGGUUUUGGAAGGAGAUGCGUUAUCACAUGCCGGUGAAGGGCACCGGGGGGGCGGCCCCUGACAGAACCGCCUUGCUGAAGAACCGCUGCCCUACAAACACCAGGGCCAUGACGGCAACCGUGGCGUUGUUGGCAGCGUGUGCGCGCGUGCUCGCGACGCUGCUCUUUGUGGCGGUCACACACGGCCACAAGCCGGCGCUAGACACCUACCACGCCAGCGCAGGCCACCUCCUCCUCCUCAAGUGUUCCAUCGGAGAUGUUCACAGCAAUGUAACAUGGACCAGAGGGGGGGCAAACCCGGCUCUGCCCCCUGGAGUGGAAGUCAGAGACAGGCUGCUGUGGUUUCUACCUGUCCAGGCAUCCCAUAACGGAACCUACAGCUGUGAGACCGGGGACCAGAGUGGACAAAGAAGGAUGGACUUUGGAGUUUUUGUGUCCAGUGGGAUUUGUCCCCCAGUGGCUGAUGUGAGGCGUAUCCCCGUGGGGGUCACCCAAAGUCUCCCCUGCAUGCAGGAGGACGUCCUGAGACACAACCGGACACGAAACAUACGAUGGCUCAAGGACUGCCGUGGAGUGCAGCGUGAGGGCGCACCCGUCACUGUGACCGAGAGAGGUUUCCUGAGGCUGCCUGAGGCCACGCAGGAGGAUGCUGGGAAAUACACCUGCCUGGUGGAGGUCAGACUCCGUGGCAGGAAGUACAUAUCCGCACGCAGCAUCCAGCUGCAGAUAAGCAACGAGACAGUUCUGACUGUGCCGCAGGUCGUCCUUGCACAGGAAGUGAUUGCCGUGGAAGUGGGUGCCAGGAAGGAGCUGAAGUGUCUGGCCUUGAUGGGCUUACAAGAGGACAACGAGAUGUCCAUCUUCUGGACGGUCGAUGGAAGUUUCAUUGAGGAUGACGAGGCGCUCCAAAACUCCUCCUCCUUUUCCUUCCUUCGCAGAAAAGGAAGGGUCUACGGCGAGUCCAAUCUGACCAUUUCAAGAGUUCUUCCUCGCUUCCUCAACGUGCCUAUCAGCUGCCGAUUCAAGAACGCUCUCGGUGAAAAGGACUGCGUCAAGCUGCUGGUAGAAGCCCCUCGCAGCUGCUUCCGCACCAGCGUGGCUCUCAGCACGGCCGCCUCGCUGCUGCUUCUUCUGCUUGUGACGGCGGCGCUGGUCUUCUUCAAGGUGGACGUGACGCUGGCUUACAGGAAGCUGCGGGGACAUUUCGGCCAACAAGGAGGUCAUCUCACAUCACAAGACGCUCAUUCAAGUCAGUCAACGUAUAAAGACGGCGUCCUCUCCACAGAUAGAGAUGUCGGCCUCUACGACGCCUUCGUUAGCUUCCUCGGCGCUGGCGAGUUGACCUCGGCCCACGCGGCCCGUUUUGCACUGCAGACGCUGCCUUGCGAGCUGGAGGAACAACAUGGCUACCUGCUCUUCAUCACAGGCCGCGACGACUGCCCGGGAGAAGCGACGCACGACGCCAUCGCAGCCAUCAUGCGCAGAUGUCGCAGGCUGAUCAUCAUCGUGUUUUCUGGGGAGACGGAGGCUCAGACGCGUCCCUUGAGCGAUGAGCAGAAGCAGCUGAGCUACGAACAGCAGCUGGGCCUCCAUGACGCUUUAACCCACAACCAGCCCAGAGUCAUCCUGGUGGAGAUAGAUGGUCCUCUGGAUGACAGCCACCUGCCAGAGUCUCUGCGCUACAUCAGGAGGAAAUACGGAGCUCUGACGUGGAAGACGGACGUCCCGGGAAGCCAAACAUGGAGGAAAUCUAACAGACUUUUCUGGAAGAAGCUGAGCUGCCUGACGAGGACCAUCCUUUGGGUCCCCUCCCCUCCCGUCUGUCUCUAUUGUGCAGGGAGGAGACAGGAGGGAGGAGACAGAGGAGUGGUGGAGGUCCAUGAGUCCACUGAGGACAUGGAACACUGACGAGUCACUAGAAGACUGACUGCCGCUAAGGACGGACGUGGACGUGGAAAGCUGACGGACACUGACUGGACUCUCGUUGCUUGCUAGAAGACUCCUGGAAAGUUCUAGCAAGCACCCGAUCACCUCCUUCACUGGGAAAUUCUAUUU